AUGAGUCAAGAAGAGAUUUUGAAGGUUCAGAAAUUUGUUCUGAAGGUGAACAUUCACUGUAACGGAUGCCAGAAGGAUGUGAGGAAAAUCUUGUACAAGAUUGAUGGGGUUUACACAAUUGACAUAGAUGCUGAGCAACGGAAGGUUACCGUUUCAGGGAAUUUUGACCCCAACAUUCUCAUCAAGAAGCUUCGCAAAGCAGGGAAAUUUGCAGAGCUUUUGGAUGCUCAUGUUGCAAAUGAUAACAACAACAACAACAUUGACAACGAUAACGACAACAACAACAACAACAAC